CCCACAACACAACCACUCCUCCCCCACCACCACCACCACCACAAACACCUAAAUUUCCCGAAAUGCCACCAAUGACCUCCCUCCCGCCUCCUCUCUCAACAAUAAUCCUAACCCUCCUGGGCGCGCUCACAGGCUACUACAUCGGCAAAACCUCGGGUGUCAAAACCGCCGAGCGAAUCAAAGAGCUAAAAUCCUCCCCACCGGUGUCCCCCGACGACUCAUUCACCCCCGCUUCCCCAACCGCCAAACCCCCCUCCGAGGACAACGAUGACGACGACGACGACUGGGCAACCACCUCCUCAACAAUAAACCCCUACACCAACCUCUCGGAGGACUGCAAGAUGGUGUUCGUGGUGCGCACGGACUUAUCCAUGACGAAGGGGAAGAUAGCAGCACAGUGUGGUCACGCGACGCUCAUGUGCUAUAAGAGCGUGCGGGAGCACGCUCCCGGCAUACUGGAACGGUGGGAGAGGCUCGGCCAGGCCAAGAUUGCGCUCAAGUGUUCCGGAGGUGAGGAGGGGGGUUUGGAUGGGGAGGAGGAGCUGGAGACGUUGGCUGGCGUAGCGGCGAGUUUGGGGGUCGUGGCUAGGAUCGUUAGGGAUGCUGGUAGGACUCAGAUUAAGGCGGGGAGUGCUACGGUUUUGGGGGUUGGGCCCGCGCCUAGAAGUAUUGUGGAUCAAAUCACUGGGCACUUGAAGUUAUUGUGAUUCUUGGCUAGAUUGGGGCUACUGCUAGUAGUGUGAUAGAGGGGAUUGGAGAGUGGUUGGUGGUAUAUAUCAUGAUGCACACCACAGGCGCUGCCUUUUUUAUUUUCACUUUCUCUUAUUUACCGUUCAUCACAUCGCGGUGCACUUUAUCUGGCUUGGCUGUAAAUCCACUCUACUCGAGUAGUCCCCCGGAAAACGUCUUCGUGAAACAGAGUUUCUCUUUGGCCACGAUUACAGUAGCCUAAGAUGGGCAGGCAGUUGCCUGUUCCACUGACAAGGAGAAAUUCUGUUUUUCACAAAAAAAAACAUUUCGUCGAGUGGCAAGAGCUAGAUUAGAUGUCUUUCCCUGUGGUUGGCACUAGCAGCGCUAUGUGCCAUGCCGAUGUGCAUGGCACGGCACGGGGAAAUUCCAGAGGGUGGUGAAAUUGAUGAAAAGCACAGUUUGGCACAAUUAUAUUGUCAAGAGAAGAUGAGCUGUGGCUUUUACCAGUUCCCCUCCCCACACAUACUCGAGUAGAUAAUAUCAUAGUAACUUACCGGCAAUAAUGUGUUUACUUGCUUCCAGACUCCACAAUAUUGUUUUUGUCUUCAAGUUAUGAUACUAUAUCUCGACUUUCCUUUCCUUCACUUUUUCCAAAUAUUUUUUUUUUCAACCCAAAAUUCAUUCUAUUCACUUA